AUUCACUUUAUAUUUUGAUCUUGAUUGUUGAUAUUUUGGUCCAAAUAGGUGCGGGGCGGUAAAAAGGUGGCCAUUGGUUGCCGGUGCCGCUCCAAGACACUCUGAAUUUUCUGUGCUUUGAUCUUCGAAAAAUAUUUAUAUAUCAGUUAUGGCAUCCAAACAUGGAAGCCCAAUCAAGAAUGAAACCAAUUCUGUUAAUGAAGAUGAUGUAUUUUCUCCUUUGAUUUCAAUUGAAGAUUCUGACCAUGAAAGUGAAAUUGAAGUUGGCGUAGAUAUUUCAAUGGAUGAAAAUUCACCAUGCUCAUCCAAAAAUACACGAGACUCAGCUAAGAAUUCAAGAUCUUCUCAUCAUACUUCCCCAUCCUCAUCGGAAUCUUCUUCAAAUCUUUUUCAAAUGGACACGAAGAUGUUUAAUGAAACCAGCACAAUCCCUGAUGACUCUCCUAAAUCUGAAGGGGAUUGUCAAUCACCUAACAAAAAGGAAAUAAGUGAUAGAAUAAGUGACAUAUCUUCUAAAUCUCAGGAGUUUGACAAUGCAUCCCCAAUUGAUAACAACUCACUAGUUUCUCAUCCUCCUGAUAAACUUACUUCGCAAACGAUGUCGGAAGUUCAAUUACCUCCUAGGCAAGUUAUGGAAAGACAUGCAGAUUAUGAUCCUAAUAGAAUACCUGCUUCUGUUUUUGGUAAUAGACCCUCGUCAGCAAUGGAGUGGAGUGUUACUUCUAAUGAUUCACUAUUUAGUCUUAAUUUCGGGAGCAACAGUUUUUCCAGGGAUCAAUUUCUCAUGAGUGGAGAAAUGUUUGAUGAAGAUAAUAGAAAAUCAGGAGAAUUAUACGAUUCCGGAGAGUUGAAUAAGCCCGGUGAGGCAAAUAGAUCUGGGUUGCCUCCUUUAUCUCCGAUAGGAAAGCUGCGUAAAAUAAGAACUAUGGAUGCAGACAAAAAAAUCAUAGAUGUGGACAAGAAGCCUUCAAUGGACGAAGACAUUAAUGAUCAUUUUGAGAAAAGAAAGUGUGAACUAGAUGGGAACGGAAAUUCCUCUAUGACCAAUCGCCCAUCUGAUGCAAGUGCAACUAGCUCUCAAUCAUUUGCCUUUCCAAUAUUGGUAGAUACUUCGAAAUAUACUUCUAUGAAAGGAUCAAUUCCACGAAAGCAGGAUCCAAAACUAGAUGUAUAUAGCGAGAAUCCCCAAAUGAAGAUACACAAGAAGAAAUCUUCUAGUCAUUGGCAAUGGUGUUGCUGUUGUUGUUAUUGUUGUUCACAACCUAAAUGCUCAUGUUUUUCAUCUCAACAUUGUUGGUGCUGGAAAUGGUUUAAAAAGUGGUGUUGUUGUUGCUGUUGUUGUGAUCAUUCUUCCUCACCUAAGUUCUCAAGUCCACGACAUAAUCAUUCUUGGAGCUGGAAGUCGUUUAAGAAAUGGUGUUGUUGCUGCUGCUAGUGUUGUGGAUAGGAUUUUUUUCAUCAACUUUUUUGCCAAUGCUGCAACACCGUCUUUCUUUAGGAAAUGCUUUGAUUUGUACCCAGAAGAUGAGUUUUUACAAAGCACUUUGUUCAUAGUUCUCUUAUCUUUACUUUUUGAUAUUUAUAAAUAGAAAUAGGUUUAGAUAUUGUACCAUUCUUCUGAUAUUUGUCAGUGAUAUAUAAUAUUAUUUUGCUAAUUGAC